UUUUUUUCUAAUCAGUAAAAAUGCCUGCUCCUCUAUUCUUGUCGGGGCCCUGCGAAAUUUGUGGCCAAAAAACUUCGGGACGCCAUUUUGGAGUGAUGAGUUGCAGGUCGUGUGCUGCGUUUUUCAGAAGAGCUGCGACAUGCUCCAGAAUAUUUGGAAGAUGCCCAAAUGGAAAUUGCAAAUUAUUGGAAAAUGGAAAAUUCAAAUGCAAAAAGUGCCGUAUGAAACGAUGUUUGGAGGUAGGAAUGGACGAAACAAAAUUUCAAUGCAACAGAGACCUAAUCUCCAGCUCCAAUAAAUUUCAAAAACGUGUUUCCUUAAUCGAACCACCUCCACAAUCCCUAUCAACAUUUCUCGGCCGCCCAACACUUUUAUUAUGCUGUGAGCCGACAAGAGCAUCGCAUAUCAAGACAUUGAUAAAUGUCACAUAUAUGGUAGAUGUGGCAAGGGAUAUUCUGAAAAGAGAUGUCUCAACUAAAAUUCCCUACCAAUUUCAUAACAGUCUUGAAAGACUAGCUCUAUCUCUAGAAGAAAUCCGAUCCAGAGAGCCCGAUGAGAAAAUAAAAAUGCUUCGAAAAAUCGGGCAAGAAGAAUCGCUUCUGAUUUGGGAGCAGGCUUUUCUGAGAGCUGUUGAAUGGUUCUCAAAUUUUUCGGAAUUCAAUGCACUGGAUGAGCUAUCAAAGAUGACAAUCUUAAAAUCAGCUUGGAUCUCAUGGACCAGACUCGAAAAACUAGCUGAAACCGCCGACCAUCAGAGAAAAAAGAUUUUCGGAGAUUCAGUCAUGAUGUGUGGAAAUGACGCGUGCCUUGAUUUGGCCAACUAUGAAGUUGAUCUCACAUGGUGCACAAAUUAUACCACUGAGCAGUUGUUGUUCUACCUAUCGCCAGAAAUUGAGCAAAAUCAUUUCCUCUCCUUGCAAGAAUUGGUGGAGCUGAACCCAACUAGCACUGAGCUCAGCUACAUGCUUCUGCAAAUCACUCUACAUCUUGCUGGCAAAAAGGCACAGGGACAGCUCCUGGAGAUUACAGAAAUGCUCCUAGAAGCCCAGGGAAAUCAUUUGCAUGAGUAUUACGUUAAGAAGUUGAAGAUGCCAAAUUAUGUCAUGCGGCUGGCAAAGUUAAUGAAGAUCAAUAGAAGGAUAGAGUCGGAUAUGCGGGAUCGAGUGGAGAAGAAUCAUAUUGCUAGAAUUUUUAAUAUUUUAAAAGUGGAGUUUUCGGAGCCAGAUAUGUUUGAAUCAACUUGAAGAGUUCUGAAAAUAAAUUUUUAUUUUAA